UAAUUAAUUAAUGACAAUUAAAUAGAAUAAUUAUUUAAUUAAUUUGUUCGUAUUUUAUAAAGAUUAAUUAAUGUUUUAAUUUAUAUCGUUAUUUAUUUAAAAUGGAAGGCGGUUUUGAUAAAAUACAAGAUAAUUUUGAUAUUAUUAUGAAUAAUAUUGCGAGGACACAAAAAAAUUUGGAGGUUUGUGUUGAAAAUUUUCCGAAGCUGUUACUAGACCCGGCGAUUGAUAGGGAAAUUGAUAAAAUAAGAUCUGGAUUUUAUGAGCUGACUAAGAAUAAUCAAUUGCUGAUUGAUACUUUGAUUAAUUCGAAACGAGAGAAUGAAGAAAAAUUAUCGCAGCUGCAAAAAAGUUACGGCGAUUUAUUUUUAAAAUACCAAAAGCAGCAGAAACAAAUAGAAGAAUGCGAGCAAGAAAUAAUAAAUUUACUUUCACAAACUGAUGAGCAAAGUAAUUAUUGUACAAAUUUAGGUGCAACAUUAUCAAGUUUGUUAUGGAAGUCAUCGAAGUAUCCGCAAUUAAUAAAUUGCUGGUUAACUGAAAAACAAGAUAGUGUAUGCAAAUUAAUAUCGAUAACCAACACAACAUUUUUGUCAUUUAUCGAUACGUUUUCUCCAAAUUUACCUCCAUUAAAAAAUGAUACCACUGAAUUUGUGAUGUCCUUACUCGGCACCAUUGCGAAUUUAACAUCAAAUGGAUUUGGGCGCCAGUUUUUAUUAAGUUUUGAAGAUGGUAAGGAAUUUAUUAAACAAUUGAUAAAAGUACUGGGAUCAUUGGCUGGCGAAACUGGCGAAUCUCUUGCUCAAGUCGUUUUGAUGAUUUUGUACAAUGUCAGCCUGAAUACUGAAGGAAGAAAGUAUUUGCUGGAGUUAAAAGUCCAGGAAUCGGUUGUUAAAUUUAUUGAUGACAAUGUAUCGCUUAAAGUACGUGAAUUAGUACUUCGUCUUGCUCAAUCAUUGACAUACGAUUUGGUGGAUUUUUAUGCGCUUGAGCAUGUGGUGGAAACUCUUCCUAUGGGAAAAAUUUCAGCUUGGGCUGGGGGUACUGAUGAUCUCGCUGUUAUUGCGCAAGGUAUUAUUGUUAAUAUUAAUAAUAGUCAAGCUAAAGCUGAUACUUGUAGUCUAGCUUCUUCUGUAUAA